ACAUAUCGACAGCUGCCAGCAAAAUGCAGUGAAGAAGCGAAAGGCAAUUCAUUAUAAUUUUUACAACACAAAGCUGAUUUUAUUGAUGUGCAGUUGAAAAGAGUCGAGGCUAAUGUUUAAUGUGGAGUGACACAAUAUUAUUUACUGCAAGUGAUAAAUUUAAGACAAGUGAAUCAGCGGCAGACCAUGUCGGAAAACAGUAACAUUUCCUACUGCCAGGCGGUGGGCAAUCGCACCUCGUUCUUCACCACCGCCUAUAAUGGCAUCCCUGAAACUCUAAUAUUGAACACGAUAUUCUGGGUUCUCCUCGUUCUACUCUUUACGACUCUGCGACAUCAGGCUGGGGACUUUGGUCGUCUGGCGCUGGUGAACAGCAAUGGCAGUAAAAAGCGCUGGACGGAGAUUUUCUAUUCGCGGGCCACCAGUGUAAUUGAACCACAGGCGAGCACCUCGACGCAGGUGUCACCGAGGCCAAGUGCCACAUCGCAGGGAAUAGCUGACUCCACGCCCCUGUCUCCUAUUCAGCCGGAGGAAGGUCUGUUCGGGUGGAUCAAGGUCACGCUGAAGCUACGCAAGGAAACAAUCCUUCUGCACACUGGCCCGGACGCCGUGCACUACCUGUCUUUCCAGCAGCACUUGAUGGCUGUCAUGGCACUGGUGACGAUUGUAUCCCUGGUCAUCAUUUUGCCAGUUAAUUUCCUGAACGGUCCCAAGGAAAACCCGUACGAAGUGAAUGCCUUUGGUCGCACCACAAUGGCCAACCUUUCGCCAGAUUCACCUUGGCUGUGGGUGCACACGAUCAUCACAAUUCUCUACAUUCCGCUCGUGGUUCUCAUCAUGCGGCGGGCCUCAGGACGGAACGCCUUUAAGAAAGCCGCAACACGCACCAUUAUGAUAUCGAACAUCUCGUCCAGCGAUCGAAACAAAACGGUGGUGCGGAACUACAUGCAGGAGCUUUUCCCGGACGUCACAAUCGAGAAUGUGUCAAUAGCGUACAACAUUUCACGCCUCUACGUAAGAAACGCUGAGUUCGAGCGAGUUCACGAUGCUCGUGUUUACUGCGAACAGCACCGGAACAGGGAUACUCUCAUGGCCAAACCGGACAUGUGCUCAUGCAAAAAAGAAAAUGCCUACGAGUACUACCAGCGGGAGGAGAGAAAGUUAUCAGGAGAUGUAGCUCGCCUGCGUGCUUCCACGAUGAAUGAGCCAUUAGACAUUGCGUUCAUUACGGUAUCCACUGUGCAGGAAGCGCAGAACAUUGUCACCCACUUUACUCCGGGCACCUACCGCCAAUGGCACUUGGCGUUCGCUCCCUCACCAGAUGACCUCUUCUGGGAGAAUUUGAACGUGAACAAAAACCACUGGUACUUGAAGUUUUUCUGCGUAAACGCGGUGCUCUUUCUGGUUCUCUUCUUCCUUUCUACGCCGGCUAUGGUGGUGAACCUGCUUAACAACCGGUCAUGGAUAAAAGAAACAGAGGGCAAGAUCUCGCCACUGGUGUCUGACUUCCUGCCGACAUUGAUGCUCUGGACCCUGUCGGCACUGAUGCCAGUAAUUGUAGCUAUUUCGGAUAAGUGGAUGCGACACUACACACGCUCCAAGCAGAACUAUUCCAUUAUGACGAAGUGCUUCGGCUAUCUGCUUAUGAUGAUCAUGAUUCUGCCGUCGCUAGGAUUGACGUCGGCGCAGGCGAUGCUAGAGUGGGGGUUCACCAAUGAGACCGAUCGCUGGCAAUGCAUCUUCCUGCCGGACCGUGGCUCUUUCUACGUGAACUACAUCAUAACGGCUGCCUUUAUUGGUACUGCCUUGGAACUGUUGCGCUUCCCGGAAUUGAUCGUCUACAUCUGGUCUUUGCUGAAGGCUAAAUCAAAAGCCGAGACCCCUUACAUCCGAAAAGCCAUCUUGAUUGAGUUUCCCUUCGGUACGCACUACGCCUGGACGACGCUUGUAUUCACCAUAGCCAUUGUGUAUAGCGUGGCCUGCCCGCUGAUCAUGCCUUUUGCCAUGAUCUACAUAUGCCUGAAACACUUUGUGGACCGUCACAACCUUUACUUUGCCUACGGACCAUCAAAUAUGAUCUCACGCAAGGGUGGAAAGAUACACUCGACGGCUGUGACGAUGACCAAGUUCUCUGUCAUUAUCCUGGUGCUGGUCAUGGCCAUGCUAUCUUACUUCCGAGGCGAAGACGGCAUGGCUCGAUUUCUGCUGCUUAUCAUCAGUCUGGCCAUCACCCUGACUCUCUUCACCUUCAUGUCGCCGAUCAAACGCUGCGCAGCGACGCGACGUCCCAGCAUUGUGGAGAUUGCGGGUCCGGCGCCCAUCUAUGUGCCCGAUGUUCUCAAAGAUAAUGGGAUAAGGACCAGCAGCGUUCGGCCCUCGGCGGCUGGUUUUGGGGGCUACGGCUCAGACAGUGUAUCCGAUUACGACAGCUCGCAAUACAGCGUCAACAGUGUGGAGGCGUAAAUGGUAUUAAUGUCGAAAGACACAUUUAUUUUUGUAAAAUAUCUUUAAAAGCCACUGAGAACUUUGCAAGUUAAGGGCUUUGAUUUGCAUACGAACGGAAAGACAGGAGGAUAACAGCAAAAGAGAAUUUGUGAUACCUAAACCAGCCUCAAUGUCGUUUUUUGAUAUGACCCCUGCACGCUAACGCGCCUGCUAUAUUUAUUUCUGAUUUGUAUAUAAUCUGCGUAAUUUACCAAUUUUAUCUGUAACAACUGUACAUAUUAUAUUCCCUUGCUGAAUGUAUAACAAAUGGCUCGACCGUAUAUUUUCACGGCAUCAAUGCUGGUAGUUUUAAGCAAAUGAAACACAGUGCAUUAUUAUAUUUUCACGUAAUUUUUUUAUUUAUGGUAAAUAAAAAACUAUUAAGUUAUGCGUAUCCGUUUUGCAUACAGAGUUA